AUGUCCAAGUCUGGGAAUUUGCCGUCUAGAGUGAGUGUCACGCAUCCGGAGGUGCAGGAGAGCAGGUCGUGCAGCAUCCAGUUCGGCAUGUCGUCGUGUUCUGGAGACUGGCUGUGCCGUACGGCGGACAACAUGUCUUGGGAGUGCGUGCGGAUGUCAUGUCGGCCAGUCAGAUGGCUUGCCACGCCUUUCAUCGGCCACACGCCCCCCUUUCGCCGCCACAGUUUGAUUCCCAUCCACCGGGAACCUCGACCGCAAAAACCCCAAAGGUUGAGCAGGGAACAAGGGCUCUCGAGGUUGGGUCCCUGCUCGCUGGCUGCCACGCUCUCAACUGCGGUGGUGAAAAUUCCGCUAUGCGACUCCUGCUAUGCGGCUUUACUCGCUGACCUGGCCUGCACACAACCACCGACUUGA